CUCUCCUUUUCUUGUUAUUUCUUCUCCUCUCUCUUUCUCUUCGUCUUUCUCUUUUUCCCUGCUCAUAACCGCUCCUACUAUCACCCACCCACUCUCUUUUUCAUUUCCUCAGUCGUUCAUCAUCUCACCUAAACAUGCCUACUUCAAUUAUCUCCAAGCGUUUAGUAGUCUUUGAUUUCGACUGGACUCUUAUCGAAACAGACUCAGAUUACUGGAUAGCUGAGCAUUUCGGUCAAGAGUUUGCUCAGCAACAGCAAGACUUAUUUGAUAAAGUCCAAUGGACAGAUCUACAGGAUUUGCUGUUAGGACAGAUGCACCAACGUGGUGUUACUAGACAAGAUCUUGAAAAGUCUCUGAAAGAAAUCCCUUUUGCUCCAGAGAUGAUUGCUGCAUUGCGCUUGAUGAAGUCACAAGGUGCCGAACUCUGUAUCAUCUCUGACGCGAAUACGUUUUACAUCGAUACCAUUUUGAAGGUUCAUGACCUCGAUCAGCUCUUCACGAAAGUAAUCACCAAUCCUGGACACUUUGACAAGGAUGGUCGUCUUCGAAUCAAACGUUAUCAUGACAUUGAUCAGGAACCUCAUGGAUGCUCCUUCCCUUGUCAUGUCAACCUGUGUAAAGGCAGAGAACUUCAAAAAUUAAUGGAUGCUCAAGAAUGGGACCAAGUGAUCUACAUGGGUGACUCAACCAAUGAUUUCUGUCCUUCAGCACGCCUUUUGAAGGAGCGUGGAGACAUUGUCUUAGCACGCGCCAAUUUAUUGCUGGAGAAAAAUAUCAAGGAACACCCAGAGUUAGUCAAAGCAAAGGUCAUUUAUUGGGAAUCACCUCAGCAUGCUUUUGAAAUCAUCAAGUCGAUUUUCAACGUUUCUAACGUAUAAUGCUAUAAUAUAUAAUACCAUUGCAUUUUUUUUUAUAUCAUUCUCUGUAAUCAUUUUACAUAAAGUGUUUUUUAUACCAUUUCUAUUUCUUCAUUAUAUAUAUAAAAAAACCGG